UGUGUCGCUCUUAUCAGAUGUGGACUGUGCAUAUCAUGAGGGCUUGUUUUAGAGCCAGAAUUCAGGCCAGCCUUCCCAUGAGGCAUCUGUCUGUCUCUGCACGGUGCUAAUUUUUGGGGGCUGCAUGACCAAAAAUCUGAUCACUCAUCACCACAGCUCGACCGAGGAGCAGGAAGCGGGGAGGAUCCUCAAACGCCACAGGCGUGCUUAAAAAUCUGAGCUGUGUGCAGAGAGGACAGACAUGCACAGGUGCUGCUCCAGUGAGAGAGAGGAACGAGAACAGAGACAGGGACAGAAAAAGAGGGAGAAGAGGGGGGAGGAGGUGGAGGAGGAGACUUGAAUUGCUUCAGAGGGGAAUAGGAGCCGGAGAGCAAUUCCAAAACAGCUGUCCGGCAGACGUCCCAGUCGACAGAAGUGCAGCCCCGAGGCAGAGACAGGAGGCAGGGCAGUGUCAACAAGCCGCAGCACAGCAGCACAGCAGCCACUGAACAUUCACACACCGACAAAUCCACACAUCAGUGUGAGGCAGCAGCUUUUCUGAAGAGCAGCAGAGACACCCAGGAAGGAUCUGAGAUCUGAGAAGGAUCUCUUCUCAGUCUGAUAUCUGAGGAACGUGUCCAAGCCUCCUCUCACCGGCGGUGGACAUCACAAAUCUGGCUUGAACUCCUACUUCCUGAUGAAUGCUGCGAUCGCUGCAAUUAUUUUGGAGCCGUGUUCGCUCAGCGUGCAGUUGAGAAUGUAACUUGAGCUCCAACCCUGAGGAACUGUACCCUCUAGAACUCUUACAGCACUUACAACGUGUCUACCCUGCAUAUCUGAGCUCUUAGAUCCAAGACACAGCCAUGCCAGCGAAGGCGCCCAUAUACCUGAAACCCACCAAUAACAAGAAAGGAAAGAAAUGUCGCCUCAGAGAUAUGCUGUCACCUGAUAUGAUCAGUCCCCCUCUCGGGGACUUUCGGCACACCAUUCACAUUGGGAGGGGUGGGGAGAGAGAUGCCUUUGGAGACAUGUCCUUUCUUCAGGGAAAGUAUGAGCUCUUACCAGGAAAGGCAGACGUCUACCCUCAGUACAGCAUCCAAAGUGAGUUUCUGCGAGCAAACAGUACUGGUGAUGCUUCUUUUGCUGAGACUCCCUCGCCAGUCCUCAAGAAUGCCAUCUCUCUUCCAUCCAUUGGCGGCUGUCAGGCCCUCACCCUUCCACUGAUCUCCUCCUCUGUUUUCUCCAUGCCCCCCGAGCCACUGGGGGACAUCACAGGGCCUAAACCUCCCAUGAAAUCUGAGAGCGACGAAGCAGUAGAAAUUCUGCAGAUGGAUGCUUUGUUGCACACAAUGGACGUCUUCAUCAGCGAGCCGUCAUCUCCGUCCACAGACAUCCAACCGAAGCCUGAUGUCCUCUUGGACCUGCUGGAAAACACAGACAGGUCCACCUCCAAGACCAUUGCCAAAGCCAACAAAAUAAAUAAGAGUGAAAGCAGGUUUGACAAGCCACCAUCGUAUUACAUCAAUGGCCACAGCAAUGGAAUAUAUCUGAACAGCAAUACAAACACAAUCAGUUUUGGAGACUAUACAAAGAGCUGCAACGGUAAGAUGAGCCUCAGCAACAAUGUCAACAAUGGGUUUGGACACUUUAACAAUGACAAAACACUGGCCUUCACACAGGAGCUCUCCAAGUGUAACACAGAGUGGGUGGACAGGGACAGUGGUGUGGAGGAAGGACGCAUCUGUGAUUUUGAGGUGGAGUUUUCUAAGGAGAAAAGCAAGUCCCAGGAUUCUCUUACCCAGAUCACUGGGUCAUUCCUGUCCCUCGAACUCGAUCUGGGCCCAUCCAUCCUGGAUGACGUGCUCAACAUAAUGGACAAACCUGCAGCCAAGAGCAGGCCCUGAGCUGUGGUCUAGGCCUGGAGAGGAGAUGGAGAAAAGAGACUCUCAAAGCAAUCAUACCGGUGUCUGGAUAUAUCAUGGAUGUGAAUAUAGACAGAAAUGCUAAUGUUUUUAUUGUCAAAACACCAUAAUCUUCCUGCUUCUAUGGAGUGCUUACUUUCUAUUUGUUCUUGACCACGUCGUCAGCCGCAUGUUUAUGAUGCAUGUGAUAGUAAAUGUCAUUGUGCCUUAGAUUUUGUUUUACAUUAUUGGUUUUAUGUUGGUUUUUACAGCAUAGCUUUAUGGCCCUCUGUUUUAAGCUGCCAGUUCUUUUAAAACGUAUAGCAUUCUGUGGAUUUAAUUGUGUUUAACAAAGCACUACAACAUGUAUCACAAACUUCUUUCCAUUUCCCACAUGACGACAGAAACUAUGCAUAUUUGUGUUCAUAAGAUUGUAACACAAAUAAAUUCAUUUUGUGCCA